UUACUCUUAUAAUCAACUUUGAUCAAGAUUUUUAGGACAUUCUAACCCUAAAAAUCAACUUUGAAAGUAAAGGGUGUGUAUAAUUCCUGAACCAAGGAAAUGAAUUAUGUAUAAUAUGGGGGCAUGCUUACAUUGGAUUAUCAUUAUUAAAGUGAGCCCCCCAAACCCCAGAUUACGAAAUGAUCACGAAUUCAAUUAAAUACUCCACCAUUUGCGCCAAAAAGCAAAAAGACCCAGUUACAGUUGGCAUGCAAUGCAAUUUCUAGCUAAUUUUCUAAUGGGUGAUGGUGCUCUCUUUUUUAAUGUCAAAAUAAAAGGGGAAUUUGCCUCAAAGACAACAUACCUUUUCCUGGAAUUGGAGGUGAGAGAGAGAGAGAGUGGGUGAGAGAGAUCAGAGACUCAGCUGGGAGUGAGAUUCUUCUUCUGAUGUGAUUCAUUCAUUCAAAAGAAAUAAAUAAAUAAAACGAUGGCAUUGGUUUGGAUCCCCUUUUUCGAAAUUUGUUCAAGCUGAGCUCUAUUUGUCCUCUCUUGGGUGUAUUUGGAUUCCUUCUCUCCUUUCUCUUUCAGCACUCUUUCUUUCUCUUGUUGCUCAAUUGUUCCUCAGAGAAUAUCACAACAACAGCCAAACAAUUUUCAUCCUUUCAUUCCAUCAACCAUCCUUUCUUGCUGAAAGCUUCAAGUGAAGUCAACCCCAUUCCCCCAUUUGUCUCUUCCAGCUUCUUCCAAGUACUAUUUGCUGUUCAUGGAUCUGGGUUUCUGAUUCCCUUAUCAAAACGGUUUCUUUCAUUGAAGAGGUAGAUAGAUACAUAAAUUAACUGAUGGAGAAAAUGGCGGCAGCAGCUGAGAAGCCCAGCUCCAAAGGACAAGCAUGGUUCUGCACCACUGGGUUACCAAGCGACAUUGUGGUCGAAGUCGAUGACAUGACCUUCCAUCUCCACAAGUUUCCUCUCAUGUCAAAAAGCCGGAAGCUUCACAACCUGAUCACAGAGCAAGAGACGAACCCAUCGCAAACCCGCCAACAAAUUGAAGAGCAGGAUGAGAACGAUGACGAAAUCGAAGAAGUUCAGUGCCAAAUAGCUCUCUCUGACUUCCCCGGCGGCUCAGAGACCUUCGAAAUAGCAGCUAAGUUCUGCUAUGGUGUCAAGAUCGACUUGAGCUCCUCCAAUGUCGCGCCUCUGCGCUGCGCAGGAGAGUAUCUGGAAAUGACCGAAGAGUACUCAGAAGAUAACCUCAUUUCCAAGACCGAGAGGUUUCUCUCUCAGUCUGUGUUGAAGAGCUUCAAGGAAUCGCUCAAAGCUCUCAAGUCCUGCGAACGAGUGAUGCCUCUUGCAGAGACUUUGGGUAUUACGCAGAGGUGCAUAGACUCCAUCGCCUCCCGCGCCACGUCAGCCGAUCCCACCCUGUUUGGCUGGCCGGUUAGCGAAGCACCCAAUGCAAAUACGAAUGCGAUUUCUUCCUCUUCUUCCACCAAACAGCAGAUUUUGUGGAAUGGGAUCGACGCCGGUGGUGGCGGUGGACGAAGAAGAGGCCUUUCCAAACACGCAGAUUCCUGGGUUGAAGAUUUGGUGGUUUUGAGUUUGCCUCUGUUCAACCGAUUGAUUUCCGCCAUGAAAUCUGGAGAUCUAAGCUUGGAGAUGGUGGAGACUUGUUUGAUGCAUUACGCUAAGAAGUACAUUCCUGGAAUUUCAAGAACAAAUCGAAAGCCUCCAUCUUCUAUCUCCGCCGUCACCGCCACCACAACCUCAUCGUCUUUAGCUUCGGAGAGUCAACAGCGAGAGCUUUUGGAGACGAUCAUCUCCAAUCUUCCAUUGGAGAAGAGCUCCAGACCUUCCACCGCUACUCGUUUCCUCUUUGGACUGCUGAGAACCGCCAACAUACUCAAUGCCUCCGAGGCCUGCAAAGCCGCGUUGGAGAAGAAGAUCGCUUCGCAGCUCCACCAAGCCACCUUAGACGACCUUCUCAUCCCGAGCUACUCGUACCUCAACGAGACUCUCUACGACGUCGAUUGCGUCGAGAGGAUCUUAGGUUACUUCUUGAACGGCUUGGAUCAGAGAAACACAGCCGGAAUCGAAGAAGACGACGGUUCUGACGGUGCUGUCAGAUCGCCGACAUUGAUGCUCGUCGGAAAAUUAAUCGACGAGUUUCUCUCCGAGAUCGCCUCGGACGCGAAUCUCAAGCCGGACCGAUUCUACAAUCUCGCGAUUUCUCUACCUGAACAAGCUCGGCUCUUCGACGACGGUCUUUACAGAGCCGUCGAUCUCUAUCUCAAGGCUCAUCCAUGGAUACCGGAACCAGAGCGCGAGAAGAUCUGCGGAAUUUUAGACUGCCAAAAGCUCACGCUCGAGGCUUGCACGCACGCGGCGCAGAACGAGCGGUUGCCUCUGCGCGCGGUGGUGCAAGUUCUGUUCUUCGAGCAGCUCCAGCUCCGUCACGCCAUCGCCGGAAAUCUGCUCGCAACCGACAUCGCUCCCCCGGACUCGGGCAGGCCAUCGGUGCUGCAACGCGAACGACAGGAGGAGGAGGAGGAGGAAGAGGACGACGCGGAGGCACGUGCGGAGGAAGAUGGGGAUAAUGUGGCACGUGCAAAUGAUAGUGGGGGAGGCACGUGGCGGGCGGCUGUAAGGGAGAAUCAGGUGUUGCGCUUGGAUAUGGAUAGCAUGAGGACGCGGGUGCACCAGCUGGAGCGGGAGUGCUCCAACAUGAAAAAGGUGAUCGAGAAGAUUGAUAGUCCGGGUCAACCCAGGAGGGACGGGUCAGGUUGGAAGGUCUCGUUGAGCCGGAGGUUCGGGUGUAAGUUCAAGACCCAGGUGUGUGAUUCGCACGAAGCCACGGCCGUUGAUACGAGGAAAGGACGGCGACACCAUCAUCAACAAUAGAGCUGCCCGCACCGGAUCAUGUAGUUGAUGGCCACGUAAAUAAAUGAAAGCGCAGAUUGGGUUGGCGAAUUCGGAACCGAGAAGAACACAAAUUGAGGGACACAUGAUAUGUGAUUAUUGUUUAUUGGGCGAGAAAGCAAAAGCGUUUACAAAUAGUGCAAAUGCAACCUUUUUUCUUCGUUCC